UUCAGGGAUGGAGAGCAACAGAACGGAUAGGCCUCUACCGCAUUGCCAUUGACUAAAGCCAUGUCAAUGACUCAGCGUCUGUAUACGGAGGUCAAUCAACAGCGACCGUUUCGUAUUCAUUUUCUAAAUGUUCUUAUUUUGAAAAAAAUCGAAUAAUACCUGAGACCAUUUCAAAUUAAUCAUGGAUAACUUUCGUGGUUUAUUUGUUAAACUAGAUAAGGAUAAUAAUGGCUUCAUAUCAGUGGAUGAGCUUCACAAUGAGAUGAGAAAAUCGGGAAUCCUGCCCACUGAAAAGAAGGUUAAGAACAUCCUUGAAGGCUACGACCAAGACAAGGAUGGUAGAUUGGAUUACAAUGAAUUCCUCCAUUACAUGACGGACAGGGAGAAAAAAUGGAAAAUUCACUUCCAUGAGCUUGAUAAGAACAAGUGUGGGUUGAUUGACCAGGACGAUAUCAUUUGUUUGUUUAAGGAGUUAGGAGUGAGCAUUUCACAGCCGAAUGCAAAAAGAAUAAUACAAAUGAUGGACAAGGACAACUCUAUGACGGUGGACUGGGGGGAAUUCCUACACCAUAUCAUUCUCAACCCAGUGGAUAACAUUGGUGAACUGGUGUCGUCUUGGAAACACAGUUUGGUUUUUGACGUGGGCGAGAGUCGUCCCCUCUCCUUGGAGUUCCCAGAAGGAAUGUCGGGCUCCGGCGUGUGGAGGAGGUUUGUCCUUGCGGCGGGGCUGGCGGAUGCCAUCUCUCGAACGGUCACGGCCCCCAUCGACCGACUGAAGACCCAGCUGCAGGUCCAUGGAUCCAAGACGUUUGCACAGGCGUUUGCGAAGCAGAGGGCGGGCGGGCUACGGUCGAUGUGGCAAGGAAACGUUGUCAACGUGCUGAAGGGAACGCCACAGUCCACUCUACAGUGCAUGAUAUACACUCAGAUGAAGAUGUACACCCAGGAUCGGACCAAGGAAGGCCUGUCGGUACAGCAGCGGUUUGGCCUGGGGUGCGGCUCUGGUGCUUUUGCCCACGCUGUCUUCUACCCUUUAGAGGUCUUGAAGGUGAGGCUGAACCUGCAGCACAGCGGCACCUACCACGGCAUGGUGCAGUGCGCGCGCUCCGUCUACCGUAACGAGUCGCUGGCCUCCUUCUACCGGGGCUUCGGGCCCAGCCUGCUCUGCAUGAUCCCGUACGCGGGCGUGGAGUGCGCCGUGCAUCAGACCAUUGUGAACUGGGCCAGAAAUGAUCCGUCCUACAACAGCGACUCCCAGCUGUUUUUCUUCAGCUUCGUGGCCUUUGCCUCUGGACAAGUGACCAGCUACCCACUGGCGGUGAUACGAACACAGCAACAGGCCCAGGCUUUCUGUGCGGUUUCACAUCCCGGCUCAAGUGUAUUACAGGGAUUUACUGGAAUCUACGCAAGGCACGGACUGAGAGGGUAUUACAACGGCAUGGGAGCCAGCUUCAUCAGGGCAGUUCCAUGUGCUCUGCUGAACUACACGUUAACCAGGAAAUUAGAAGUUCUGUUUGACUCCACAUGGUCCUGAGUCAUACUUUUAUUAUAUUCAUGGUGAUCAGGGAAUAGGUGUUUUAGUCAAAGACCAGCAGGAUGUGCUCGUGUGAAAUCCAAAUUUAGGAUCAUAAAGGAUAUAGGCUGGUGUCAUUCCAUUACUAAUACAAGCUAUACUCUUUUGAAGCUCUGUGACUAAUUUGGAGUUGAACGAACCAGUGCUGUAACCAGAAGCCUGGAUGUAAUAUUUGAACUGUGUGAUAAUGAAUGUAACCUAAUAUAAGUGUGAACAUCUCCAACUUUUGGGACAGACAUUUCAACAAGGCAUAAAGUAUUGUUGAACAUUACAGUUAUUUCUUAAUUCCUUUAUUUUAACAAGACAUGUCUGUUUUCCUCGUUUCUUUUCUAACUCAGUUUGGAUGCACGGAUGUACACUCAAUAAGCACCGAGAACUUUGAUAACCCUAACUUUGUUAAUAUAUAUAUCUAUGUUUGGCCCUAUAUGGAUGCAGGGCUGCAAUCUGAUAAUGCACUAGGUGGUAUUCACUCUAAAAUGGGACUGUUAAUUUAGGCGGAAAUUGAGGCUUCCAUUUAUGUUGUGUUCCAUCCUAAUUCAGACACAACCAUCCACAUUGAAUAUUUCCACUUUCAAAAAAAUCUCACAGGCGUCAUCUUUCUUUUGGUGCCUCAUUUAUAUUUUAAAGACCUUGGAGUUGUGGAUAUACAGUCUAUUCAUUUUGGUUGUGUUAGCUUGAUGAUUCAGUGACGAUUUAACAGUGAUGAUUUAAGGUACCUCGAAUGGCUGGCGGAGGUAACCCGUGGGUUCUGUGGCUGUUGCUAUAUCAAGCGACCAGGAACAGUCUCAAAGUGUGUGACUAAAGUGAAAUGCUGUGGUAAUGCAGCAAACAUUGUGCACGAUAAGCUAAACCACAGCUACCUUGAAGUGCUUCACUUCUAGACAUUAGAAAGUCAACAAAGUAAAAAAAAAAAGGUUUACACUUGGAUCAGAUUUUCCAUGAAGGUGCCUGGUUCCAUGUAGACAACAGUUUUCAUACCACCUCUGGAGGUAGUGUAAGCUAUAUUCAAAACCAAAUGUAUAGCCCUCGUGUGCAAAGUGCGUGAUCCUGCCUGAACCAAUAAUGAGGUAGGCACGACCUCAAUGUUUCAUACAUCGGGUUGACGCUUGCCUGCACCGGGGAAAUUGUGAAAACGUUGCUGCAAAACAAAGACUAUGAAUGUGUUACCGGUCCCAAGUGGCCGGGACGGAAGUAACAAAUAGAUUGUUGAGAGCGGACUCCCUGAAAAGCAGGUAGAUGAAAGUACAGGAAUUAAGCAACAAAGCUUUGUCGUCAUUUUCUGAAAUCCGUCUCUUUAAUUAACAAUUAUCCCAAAUAUCACAUAUAAAUAAAUAUGAAUAAAUAAAUAAAAUAAAUAUAACUAUUCCCUGUUUAAAGUGCAUGUACAAAUGUCAAUUGUCCCUUAGUAGGUUCCUUGUUAGAAGUAAAACAUCAAAAGUGCAAUAAAAAGUGAGGCUCACAUA